CGAAGCCAGCCAGACAUAAUUACCAGGAUGAUGGGUUCUUCCACUUCGUUUCAGUUGUCUAGGUCCAAGUAGUUCGUUUCGUGAGUUAUCCAAAGUUGCGCCGCAAAGAUGAGUACUGCUAAUCGCUACCAACACAUCAAGUCAACUAAGCCUGUUGUAGGCAAAGCAAGAAAAUUGAAGGAUCUCAUGAUAAAAAGUGAUAAUAGGAUAUGUGCUGACUGUGGUGCACCUGAUCCCAAAUGGGCAUCUGCUAAUAUUGGAGUGUUUCUUUGCUUAAAAUGUGGAGAUGUUCAUAAGGCACUUGGUCCUGACAUCUCAAAGGUUUUAUCUGUAACUUUGGAUGAUUGGUCUGAUAGUGAUAUCGACUCCAUGGUUGAGGUUGAUGAUUACAGCAUGGUUAGUUUCAUUCCACUUGAUUUGAGAAAGGAAAGCAGCAUACAAUAUGUGCUAUCUUCUAUCGACACCUGUAUCCAAUAUGGGGAAGAUGCAGAUGUGAAGGUCAGGGACUUCGAAGAAGACGAAGACUAACCACUGGAUGUUGUA